GAAGGCUUUAAAGCCCAAGAUGAGGAGCGUAAGGAGAGAGGACCAGACUGAGGAACAUGGAGAGCUCAGCACAACAGAUCCCCAUGCUACCAUAAGUGAGGAAGUCCGCGCGCGAUGGCAAAAGCAGAGUGAGGUACGGCGCCAAGGCCAGGACCGUCUAAACGCAUACAUCAGUGAAGGUCUGAGAAAGAUGGAGGAGCAAGAGGUCGAGGACACGAGGGCUAGUCAAGUGGUGGCGCAUGCUGAGCAGAACGAGAUGGAUAUCAACUUAGAAGAGAGGAAAAGACAAAUAAGCAAGGAGCUAAAGGAUUUUGUGAGAGAGGUCAACAUGAGGCUAGGUGGAGUCCAAGAGUCUGAGCCCGGAAAUGUUUCUGUGUCAAAUACAUUCACCACACAGAGUGUUAUGGAAAUGGAGCUGAAAGCCAAGAAAGCAAGAAGUGGACAAGAGAUGGACAGACUUAAGCAGGACAAAAGACAGUGUGAUGUGGAGAGGGAGAGAGAGCUGGAGAGGAAGAGAGAGUUGAAGAGACUUCAGCGGGCGAGGGGAGAGCAACAGGUAGUGGAAGAGAGAGGACAGCAGCAGAUGAACAUCAAGGCCAAGCAGAAGGCAGAGAGACAGAGAGAGAUGGCAAUAGAGCAGGAGCAGAAGUUGUCCCAUGACAUCGAAAAAUUAAAGCAAAUCAUCCAGGAGGUGUCAGAAACGGACAAGAGACUGCACGAGAUGGCUCGGAAGGAGUUGGAGAGGCUACGAAAAGCUGAAAUUCACUACCAAAACAAGAAAAGGAGAGCCCUGGAGAGGCAACAAAUAGAACAGUUGCAAAUACAGCAGAGGCAAGAAAGAGAGAGAAGGAGGGAGGAAGAAAGAGGGGCCGCUUUCACAAGAGAUAUUGAAAAAUUGGUAGGAUCCGAGUGGGCAGGACCAUGGGGCAUUGGACAAUCUUAUGGAUGUGCACUUCACAGGAAGACGGUGGAGAUUGAGAGGUUGAGAGAGAUUGAGCGAGCUAAGGAGAGAAAGCUAAUGAUGGAAAGACUGAAACAGACUGAGGAAAGAAUACUAGAGUUGGAGAGACAAAAGGAGAGAGAUCGAAUUGAGCUAAGGUCAAGAACUGAAGUUAUUGAUAAAGAAGAAAUGGAGAUGAACUGGUUGAAAAACCUGGAGAGAGAAAAGAUGAGGCUACAAAAGACAGAGAGACUGAAACAAAUGGAGAGAGAGAAGGAGAGAAAGAGACAGAUCGAGCAACUGAAGGCAUCAGAGAGACAUGCAGAGUUGGACAGAGACAAAGGGAUACAGAAAGAGAUGGAACGACUACAAAAACAGAAGCAGAGAGAGAUGGAGCAGCUACAGGAGCAAGAAAGAGCGACAGAAAGGCAGAAUGAGAUAGACAGAUUGAUUGACUUGGGAAAAGAAAAGGCACGACAGCAAGACGUUGAAAAAUUGGAAGUGAUUAUGAGACAGGAAGAACUGAAGAAGCAAUGGGAAGAGAAACAGAAGACACUGGAAAAACAAAUGGAAGAAAAACAAAGAGAGAUGGAAAGAAAGUUUCAACUAAAACAAAAAGAACUGGACCAAUGUUUGAAUGGAAGGCAGCAAAAGAUUGAGGAGGAGAGGCAGGAGACAGAGAGGGAGAUGGAGCGUCUGAAAGAGAUGGAGAGAGAGAUCAAGAAGAAGGGAGAAAUGGAACUGAGGGAGAAAGAGGAGAGAUGGAGGGAGAUGGAGCUGAAGCAGCUGGAGGAGUUGAACAAUAACAUCAAAGAGAUAGAAAAACAGAAAGAAAAGCUGGAAAGAAAAGCCAAGAAAGAGGAGAGGUUGAAAGAGCUGGAGAGAGCAGAAUGUCAAAGGCAGAUACAAAUGGAGGAAGACAAACAAAGAGAGAGCGAAAGACUUCUAGAGGUCCAAAGAAGGGAGAUGGAGGAGAAAAAACGAGAACUGGAGUUGCAGAAAAUGAAAGAAUCUGAGAUGGAAAAGAAACUCAAGGAAAGGGAGCAAAAGCUGAAAGAGAAAAGCCAAAGUGAGCUGCAACAAAUGGAGGAGAAGUGGAGAGUAUUGGCUCAGCAGAAGGAAGAUGAAUGGGACGAGAGGUGUAAAGAGAUUGAAAAACAGAGAGAAAAGGCAGAGAGAGAGGCCAAGGCAGAGCACGACAGAUUACAAGAACUGGAGAGAACAGAAUGGCAAAGACAGAUAAAAAUGAAAGAGGAAAAAGAAAGAGAGAAAGAAAGACUUCUAGAGGUUCAGAGGAUGGAGAUGAAGGAGAAAAAAAGAGAACUGGGGUUGCAGAAAUUUGCUGAACCUGACAUGGAAGAAAAACUCAAGGAAAUGGAGCAAAGGCUGAAAGAGAAAAGUCAAAGUGAGCUGCGAGAAAUGGAGGAGAAAUGGAGAGCUUUGGCUCAGCAGAAGGAAGAUGAGUGGGACGAGAGGUGUAAAGAGAUUGAAAAACAGAGAGAAAAGGCAGAGAGAGAGAACAAGGAAGAGAGAGUGAGAGUGCAAGAGUUAGAAAGAGAGGAACAACAAAGGCAGAUACAAAUGGAAAAGGAGCUACAGACAGAGAGAGAGAGAUUCUUGAAGAUACAGAGAAAGGAGAGCAAACAAAGGAAGAUGGAGGAGAAACAGCAACUGGAAUUACAGAAAGCUGCAGUAGCAGAAAAAGAGGAGAAACUCAAAGAAAUGGAGAGAAAGAUGACAGAAAAAAAUCAGACUGAGCUAAAACAAAUGGAGGAAAACUGGACAAAAACAGCCCAACAGAAGGAAGAGGAAUGGAAAGAAAGAUGCAGAGUGAUAGAAAAACAGAAUGAAGAGGCAGAAAAAGAAGCAAACAAAGAGAAAGAUAUAUUACAAGAGCAAAGGAGAACAGAACAGCAAAUGCAGAUUGAAAUGGAAGAACAAAGAGAGGUAGAAAGAAGAGAUAAUGCAGAGAGACAAAGAGACAUGGAGAAGAGAAAGCUGGACAAAGAGAGAAAAGAAGAGGAGAGAAUGAGGCAAAGCCAAAUUAAGAAAAAACAAAGAGACGUUGAGUUACAGAAAGUUGUUGAGGCAGAGAUGGAGGAGAAACUCAAGGAAAUUGAAAGAAACAUACAAGAGACAAACAUCGCUAUGCUAAAACAAACAGAGGAGGAGUGGACAGCAGUAGCCCAGCAAAAGGAGAAUGAGUGGAAAGAGAGAUGCAGAGAGAUUGAAAAACGAAGAGAGGAGGCAGAAACAGAGGCUAAAAAAGGGGAAGAGAGAUUGCAAGAACUGGAGAGGGAGAAACUACAAAGGCAAAUGCAAAUCGAAGAGGAAAAACACAAAGAGAGAGAAAGGCUUCUGGAGAUCCAAAAAAGGGCGAUGGAGGAGAGACAAAGGGAGAUGGAACAAAAAAAGUUAGAGAUGGAGAAAAAAGAAGAGAAAAAAGUAAGGCAUACUGAGGAGAUACAAAGAGAGAUUGAGCAAAAACGAGAAAUGGAGUUACAAAAGGCAGCAGAGGCAGAGAAACUCAAGGAAACUGAGAGAAGCAUGAAAGACAAAAAUGAGUCUGAGCUGCGGCAAAUGGAGGAAAAGUGGAAGGCAAUUGCCCAGCAAAAGGAGAAUGAGUGGAAAGAGAGAUGUGAACAAAUGGAGAAACAAAGGAUAGAGGCAGAGAGUAGACGGAUGGUGGAAGAAGUCAAGAGAGAGGAAGAGAGAUUGCAAGAGGUAGAAAGAGAAAAACUUCAAAAGCAGCUUCAAACUGAAGAGGAAAAACAAAAAGAGAGAGAUAAACUCCUGGAGACCCAAAAAAUGGAGAUGGAGGGGAGCGAACGAGAGAUGGGACAGAAAGAGUUGGAGAUGGAGAGAAAAGAGGAGAAAAGACUGGGGCACAUUGAGGAGAGACAAAGAGAGAUUGAGCUAAAACGAGAAAUGGAGUUACAAAAGUUAACAGAGGCAGAGAAACUCAAGGAAACUGAGAGAAGCAUGAAAGAAAAAAAUGAGUCUGAGCUGCGGAAAAUGGAGGAAAAGUGGAAGGCAAUUGCCCAGCAAAAGGAGAAUGAGUGGAAAGAGAGAUGUGAACAAAUGGAGAAACAAAGGAAAGAGGCAGAGAGUAGACGAAUGGCAGAAGAAGGCAAGAGAGAGGAAGAGAGAUUGCAAGAGGUAGAAAGAGCGAAACUUCAAAAGCAUCUUCAAACUGAAGAGGAAAAACAAAAAGAGAGAGAUAGAUUCCUGGAGACCCAAAAAAGGGAGACAGAGGAGACACAAAGGGAGAUAGAAAAGAAAAAGUUAGAGAUGGAGAGAAAAGAAGAGUAUAGACUGAGGCACAUUGAGGAGAGACAAAGAGAGAUAGAGCAAAAACAAGAAAUGGACUUACAAAAGGCAGCAGAGGCAGAGAAACUCAAGGAAACUGAGAGAAGCAUGAAAGAAAAAAAUGAGUCUGAGCUGCGGAAAAUGGAGGAAAAGUGGAAGGCAAUUGCUCAGCAAAAGGAGAAUGAGGGGAACGAGAGAUGUGAACAAAUGGAGAAACAAAGGAAAGAGGCAGAGAGUAGACGAAUGGCAGAAGAAGGCAAGAGAGAGGAAGAGAGAUUAGAAGAGGUAGAAAGAAAAAUACUUCAAAAGCAUCUUCAAACUGAAGAAGAAAAAGAAAAAGAGAGAGAUAAACUCCUGGAGACCCAAAAAAUGGAGAUGGAGGGGAGCGAACGAGAGAUGGGACAGAAAGAGUUGGAGAUGGAGAGAAAAGAGGAGAAAAGACUGGGGCACAUUGAGGAGCGACAACAAGAGAUUGAGCUAAAACGGGAAAUGGAGUUACAAAAGGCAGCAGAGGCAGAGAAACUCAAGGAAACUGAGAGAAGCAUAAAAGAAAAAAAUGAGCCUGAGCUGUGGAAAAUGGAGGAAAAGUGGAAGGCAACUGGUCAGCACAAGGAGAAUGAGGGGAAAGAGAGAUGUGAACAAGUAGAGAAACAAAGGAAAGAGGCAGAGAGUAGAAGAAUGGUGGAAGAAGGCAGAGAGGAAGAGAGAUUGCAAGAGGUAGAAAGAGAAAAACAUCAGAAGCAGCUACAAACUGAAGAAGAAACUAGUGCACAGGGAAUACAUUCUGGACAGCCUUUCAAAUCAAAAUGGCAAAUACUUGUGGAGAAAGAGAAGGAGAAACAGAGAGAGGCAAGGAGAAAUGCAGGUGAGAGGCAGAGAAAGGCACAAGAGGCAUGGAAAGAAGAGCUUAAAAGGAGAGAGGAGAAGAGAAAGAAAGAUGAAGAGGGGAGAUACUGGUGUGACCACCCAGAGGAAUGGCGCAAGCUCCAGGACGAGCUGGCCAUCAAGAAAGAGGACGAACGAAGACAGCAGCUGGAGAAAAAAUGGGAAGAAGAGACAAGGAGGAUGGAAGAGAGAAAGAAAAGAGAGCAAGAAAUAGAGGAUGAGAUGAGACGUGAGAGGAUGAGGCAGAGAGAGAUUGAGCGACAGAAGGAAAUAGAGAAACAGGAGAUUGAAAUGCAACGCCAACUAGAAUUAGAAAAACAGAAGAAAUUGGAAAGACAGAGGGAACUGGAAAUGGAGCGAGAGAGAGAGCAGGAAAUGGAAAGAGAGAGAGAACAGGAAGUUCAGAGACAGAGAGAAAAAGAAGAAAUGGCAAGAAAGAUACAAGAUGAAGAAAUGGAGACAGAGAUGGAACAACAGGAGGAGGAGGGAAGAUUGACAGAAACCGAUGAUGACGGGAGUGAAGAUCAUCAAACCCAGGAUGGGACAGUGGCCGAAGAUAAGAGUAAAAGAAGAAGAUUCCUUAGAUGGGUCAAUCGAAAGGUGAAAGAGAGAAUUGAGACAAAAAUUGAGAAAACUAUCAAGAGGGAAGAGGAGGAACGUGAUAAAUUAACCUUUCACAGUAAGUACCCAAUACAUCUGUGAAUAUUCUGAGAUCUUUUCCUAAAAUCCACAUCUAAAUAUUGUGCCAUAUUCAUGUUCUUGUGUGAUCUUGUUUUAAAUUUACCAGUAACUUUAAUGAGUUAUCAAAUCUUUUCCCUCUAUAGUUUUCGGGGGUUUGGAAAGACAGGGCGAGCGAGAACAGUACAAGCGCAAGAGCCUAGUGAACCAAGAGCUAACCAGACAAAAACUAGAGGGAUCCUGGCUUGAAUGGGAAAAAGAAAAGAAACAGAAAAAGAUCAAAAGGAAAGCACAAGAGAAAGAGACUGCAAGCCAAGCCCAGCUAGCCUACAUUUUGCAACAGAAUGAAAAAGCCGACAGGAACCUGGAUCUUCACAACUCUACUCAGAUGUACACCACCAGCAAUAAACUCCUGAAGAAACAGAUGAUUGGUUGGGAUAGGAGCAAAAACUAGGA